CUCGUCGUCCUCGUCCUCUCUCCGGAGGUUCUGGCUUUCCAGAGCACGGUUCACCUGCUCUCUUCCUCACCUUUGCACCCACGGAAAGCCCGGCAGUCCGACGGGGAUUGCUGUCGACGAGUUGCAAAUGAACCCCCCGCCUCCUCUUCGAGAUGGGCCCCAACAGCACACCAUCAAGCGUGUGUCGUACCAAGCCCCAACAAGACCAAGCUUAGCUAGAUCCCAUCCCGUGAUCCUCGAGCGAAGUGCUGGCGGAUCUCCCGGGAAAAUACCGCGGAAAGUGAAACAGGCCGGAACGAGGGCACUGGGACUACGAGACAGGAAGGCUCUCAGGCCAUCAUUGACCUCUGCCGCCAGUCCUCUAGGUCCUCUCAAGCGAAAUAAGCAAUCACCGGCAUCCUCCCUUUCAGGCCGCCGGUCCAGCGGACUGGGGGCUUUUGCUGCACCCCCUCGACGGGUCUCGACAAGGAUAACCGCCUCGGACCUAAUAUUUCGAUCCCCAGUUGCGACUCAAGAAAGUAUAGCGGAAGCCACCCCGAUCGACACGCCAGAAAACCAACUGGCAUCUGAGUUGGAUAGUGCAACUGCGGAGGUGGAUCUGAGCGGCGAUCUCAAUGAGCCGUCUUUCCAACAAAUACUCGAUGAGCCGGAUCUUCCUCCAACACCGACUCAACUAGGCCUGGAAAGGCCUCCCGGCCGACCGAAGGGGCUCUUGAGCAGCAGCCCUAGCUCACAACAAGGGACAUGGGGGAGACGAAACACAGAAGGUCCGGAUCAAACUCCGUCCAAGCUUAGGAGUGUCGACCACGGCGGGUCAGAAGAAUCGGCACAGUCAGGGCUUGCGCUGGAUCGGGCGUCCUUUCCGGCUCCCACCUUAAAGAAGCGCAAGUUGAGAGGCGCGCUUCUUUCUGAAUUGCAGCAGUUGAAGAAGGACGUUGCGGAACUGGAGACAUGGUCAAAAAAUCUCGGCCAAGAUGAUCUCGACAGCAGCAGCAACAAAAACAAUAAAAGCGAUAAUAACAGUGAUCCUGAUCUGACCAAACUUACUGCUUUGUUGGCAACAGUUUAUCCUAUCCAACCGGCCCAGACAACGUAUCAUUCAAAUGAUGCGUCAAUAUCGUCACUAAUAUCUUCCUUACUCCCUUUCGCCGUCAAAAGUCCCCCACAACAUCCACCAGAAACCCCCUUGAUAAACCCGUUUGCACUUCAAGAGCAUGCACAGACAGAACAAUAUUUGACAGCUUUGGCUCCAUUGAACCUUGCCGCAUCUUCACCUUCCAUUUCUACAUCAGCGCCUGACCUCGUGGAUAGACAUACCCUCAAAUUUUCCGCCCCACCUCCAUUCCCUUCCAUCCGCUACAAAAUCUCAGUGACGUACGAUGUUGACCCGGGAAUACAAAGCUUAGUCUCAUUAUCGGUGCUAUCGCCGGCGGAAGGUUCAGACGCAAGGAUACCGGAGUAUCUAUGGCGGUGGAUAGACUCCCGGCUUGCGAACCCGCUACUGAGACUGGAUGUCUCGGGGCUUUGUUGGGGCAUCAAUCGCUACUGGGAGGCUUUAGUAUCGCGGGCUGAGUUGUGGUCCCACAUGGAAAAGCAACAUGCGGCGGUGAUCUCUGGCCAUUCGCAGUGGAAUAACAAUGCCAAGCCCUUCAAGACAUCAGACCUACGACACAUACUACCACAUAUCGAGCGCACUUCAAUGCUUUUCGAAUCCAAAAGAGGUUCAGUAAAACUACUUCUGUCUUGCGAACUGAUCAUGGACGAAUGGACAUGUGAACCUGAACUGGCAGCGGGGAUUAGUGUGUCGGUGUUGCCUGGAUCUGACGGCGACUCCGGGCACAAGGUCGAACAAGAGUCCAAGAGACUGUUUCAAGCGAUGCUGGAGGAGAGCAAGCGUAAUGACACAGGAAGCAGUCGUAGCGAUUCCUAUGCCGAUGUGGUAAUUCAGGCUACGGAAUGUACUUUGGGCGCAUUGUUUGGUGUUGGCGUUGAUGUUGAGCAAUGAGUCUCGAUCCAGUGAGUGCUUUUGCGCUGGUGAUGGGUCACAUGAACUCAUGUUAUGGCCACGGCGUUUUUCGAGUACGGAGGCAGCAGGGUUUGCCGGACGCCAUUAGUCCACAGGAUCUUUUUCCAACUUCUCAUUUUACCACGUCUUGUUCGUUUUCCCGACAACAGUCUUGGAUAUGGAUAUCGAAUUUUUGGAAUAAGCGAUGACUUGCACUGUUUGAACACACAUACAUAGUUUAUACGAUUGAAUGGAAUAAUC